AGGAGGUGAAUAUGAAACAUUUACUCUUGACUGCCCCAUUUUCAAAAAAGCGUAUAGUAGUUCAGGAAACAGAAAUGGUGGAGACCUCUGGAGACGUUGCUUACUUGAAUCUCAAGUCGUUAGAACUUGUGGAUAAAGAAAUUCCAGAUGAAGUGAGCCAUGUGGAGUUGGUGUCAGCUGCUGGUAUACGAUGUCCCGAGGACUUCCUCACUGACCUCAAACUAGCUGAGGAAGAGCAGCAAGCUGAGGACCAGGCCAAGGAGUCACAUAUAGAAGUUCCAGAGACCUCCAUAAAUAGUUAUCAGCCCUUCGAAGAUGACAUCGACUCACCUGAGGUGCCGGAUGACCUUCACCCGGGUGUUAUUCGCACAGUUACCGGCUUCACUUUUGCUGGCAGCUUCUCGGGCAACACUGCAGAUGAAGCUAUCCUCAAAUUGAAAGGUAUGAAGGAGGUUUGAACCUAA